AGGCAGCUGGUCCCAGGCCGCGGCCACCGCUUCCAGCCUGCGGGGCCCACCACGCACACGUGGUGCGACCUCUGCGGCGACUUCAUCUGGGGCGUCGUGCGCAAGGGCCUGCAGUGCGCGCAUUGCAAGUUCACCUGCCACUACCGAUGCCGCGCGCUCGUCCGCCUGGACUGCUGCGGGCCCCGGGACCUGGGAUGGGAACCGGCGCUGGAGCGGGACACAAACGUGUGUUAACGGUUGAGGCGCGGACACUGGUCCCGGCGCACGCGCACACUGACACGCGCGCGCACGCGCACACGCGCCUGGGGCGGUGGUUGGAGGCUACCGGCUCACACGACUCAGGGAGCUGGCGGGCGGGCGCGGCGAUGGGCGAGGCGGACGCAGGGACGCCUUCUUUCGAGAUGACCUGGAGCAGCACGACAAGCAGUGGCUACUGCAGCCAGGAGGACUCGGACUCGGAGCUCGAGCAGUACUUCACGGCGCGUACCUCGCUGGCGCGGAGGCCGCGCCGGGACCAGGACGAGCCUGUGGAGUGGGAGACACCUGACCUUUCUCAGGCUGAGAUUGAGCAGAAGAUCAAGGAGUACAAUGGCCAGAUCAACAGCAACCUCUUCAUGAGCCUGAACAAGGAUGGCUCCUACACAGGCUUCAUCAAGGUUCAACUGAAGCUAGUGCGCCCUGUCUCAGUGCCCUCCAGCAAGAAGCCACCCUCCUUGCAGGAUGCCCGGCGGGGCCCAGGGCGUGGCACAGCUGUGAGGCGCCGCACUUCCUUCUACCUCCCCAAGGAUGCUGUCAAGCACCUGCAUGUGCUGUCACGCACACGGGCACGCGAGGUCAUUGAGGCUCUGCUGCGCAAGUUCUUGGUGGUAGAUGACCCCCGCAAGUUUGCACUCUUUGAGCGGGCUGAGCGCCAUGGCCAAGUGUACCUCCGGAAGCUGUCUGAUGAUGAGCAGCCCCUGCGACUGCGGCUCCUUGCAGGGCCCAAUGAGAAAGCCCUAAGCUUUGUCCUGAAGGAGAAUGACUCUGGGGAGGUGAACUGGGACGCCUUCAGCAUGCCUGAACUACACAACUUCCUACGCAUCCUGCAGCGGGAGGAAGAAGAACACCUCCGCCAGAUCCUGCAGAAGUACUCCUAUUGUCGCCAGAAGAUCCAGGAGGCCCUGCAUGCCUGCCCCCUGGGGUGACCUCUUAUAACCCCUGGGUGGAAGGAGGAGAGUAGGCAGCGCCGAGGGCAUGCCGUGUGAGUGUGACAGGGCCCGUGUGGCCUGAGGAAUGAGUGUGCAUGGAGGCCCUCUCUUGCUGAGGGAACGAGCCAGAGAACAGUGAAGGAGCUGGCCCCCUGUGUCCACCAGUGGGUGUAGCAGAGUAUUGCUCUGGACCCUUCUGCGCUUCAUGUACUGGGUCAUGGUGGGCCAGGGUUGCCCUGGGAAGCUGCUCCAGGCUUGCAGCAGGGGUAGAGCAGACAGAGUCUCCUUAAUUAGUGGUCUCAGGAGAAUCUUGGAGAUCUUACAAACGGAAUAGGGUCAUGUUUGCAGGGAUGAGGGCCCUCAUCUAUGGGGAAAGGUUGUAUGUUUUGAGACUUAGAUGGGGUCUCAGGACACCCCUAUCAGAGCUAAGGGUGGGUGUUCAAGAUAAGGCAGGCAUCAAGGAAGAGUCUAGGUUGCCCUCUACAGUGCCCUCAGACUCCUCACACACCUGGGAUCAGGGAGUGCUGGCUCACAGUGCCUCAGUGCCUCCUCCAAGGAGGAUGUCCCUGGGCUGGGGUUUGUGUGAGUGUGGGCACUGGCCCAGGUCCGUGCCUUGUUUGCCAAUCAAAGACAGGGUCUUUCCCUUGGAUAUUUUUGAUAAUGUGUGUGAAUGUAUGUAAUAUUUUGUGGCCUCAGCUGAAUGCCUCCUGUGGGGAAAGGGGUGGGUGUGACAGUCAUCAUCAGGGCCUGGGGCCUGCGAGAAUUGGCUGAAUAAAGAUUUAAGAAUUCUCUCUA